CGCAGUCCCUCUCCGCGCUCACGUUCGCAACGUCCGUUCAGCAGACAGCAUCUUCCCGCCCUCUCAGCCUCCGAGGCAGCCCCUCCGCGCGAUAACAGACAACAGCAUGCCCUCUGCCCUCCCUGCGCCAUCGCCCACAGUCGUCCUGAGCGCACCGCAAGACAUACACCUCACACAGUCAUUCGUCUUUCCCGUCCGUAACAGUCCGAGAAAGCUCCCAAUGGCAGAGAAGGAGAGGCCAAAGUCGGAGAGCAGAGAUGAUAAGGAGAACGCUGCGAGCAGAGCAACGGGGCCUAUGCCCCUCAUCCCUCGCACUGGGUCAGCACAGAGGCUCCGGCUGAGCUCGAACGGGCGCCCGAGUCCGACCAAGCAAGCCCAGCAAACAGAGUCCGCUGCAGAGUCGUCAGGCUCAUCGACCGCGACACCGAGGAGGAACUCGCCCAGGCAUCCGCGCAAGCAGCCUGUAUCGAUAUCGAGGGAGUUGACCGCUUCUCCCCAACAACCUUCCCCACCACCUUCGUCUCCCGUCAGCUCGCGCGCACCUGUCAACCUCCGGCUAGACCUGCACGCGCUCAAGCGCACUCUCACAGAAGCCCAGGUCGUGGCGAACCAUCGGCAUCACGUCGCGCACUCCAUCCCAGGGCGGGCGACCCUCCCCACCUCAGGCUCUCUCGGUGUCCCCCAGCCCUACAAUGCACCCGUCACCCCUCCCGCACUCGACGGCCGCACACUUGUCUCCCGGUCAGAGAUAAUGCUCCGGAAGAAAUCCGGUGAACUCGUCCGACCCGCUAUCCGAACUCCGGGUAGCCAACCGCGCAAGAUUACCAAGUCAGAACCUACGACUCCCACGGGCCCCAAGUUUGUACACUUCGAUUCCCAGCUCGAGCAUGUGAAGCUUUUCCUCGCUGAGCAGAAACCUGCUGCUGUAUCGCGUGAUGGGAGCCCGACUGAGACGUCCGAGGGAGAAUUGUCGAGCACGAACGAGUUCCCUUUCCCGCUCGCGUAUGCCUCGUCAGACGACGAGAAGCUCCGCAAGGCGCUACAAAUACGGGUCAACAUCCCUCCCCCACAUCUGCAGAACAUAGAGGCUGACGUCCGACUCGAAUCCGUUACCCUGUCCGAGGACGCACGCGCGUUGAACGGCACGAUCGUCGUGCGCAACCUGUCGUAUCAGAAAUGGGUCAUCGUACGUUUCACCCUGGACAACUGGACAACACGGAGCGAGAUAUCGGCCCGCUAUGUCGACUCCAUCAGUGACGGGUUCGAUAGGUUCGCAUUCUCGAUCCGGCUCGUGGAUGUGUUGCCGAGGAUCGAGGCGAAGACGAUGCAGCUCGCGGUGAGGUUCUCGAUCGAGGGCAGGGAGAUGUGGGACAAUAAUGGGGAGAGGAACUACAGGGUCGAGUUUUGGAAACGGAGGGUGUCUGCUCCUGCUGCUUUUACUCCCGGGUCGAGCAAGAGUCUCCCCACCAACCCCAACGCCACCCAGGAAGGACGCACCGAGUGGCCAGUAAAGAGCGCGAUAAGCGUCAGCACCCAGAUGGCGGACUUGCGUCGGUCUCUCGAGGGGGUCGUCUCUGAAGAACUGAGCCCGCCUACGGUGGUGGUCAAGCGGUCUGCGAGUGUGAGCUUUCGGGAAAGGCAGGAUGGGACGAGGAGCGUACCGGGUACGGCUAGGGAGAGGGAAUUUGAACCUUUGGCUUUGGGAAGGAGGUAUAAUUUUGGGGAGGCGUUGCGGACACCUCAGCAGCAGAGGCAGGAGAAGCAGCAGCAGCAACAGGAGCAGGAAACGCAGCAGCAAUCGACAAUCCCUUUCCCCAGCGAGGUUCAAAAGCUGAGCUCCUCCAGUCCGAGCCAGGGCGUGCCUUUCCCCACUCUGGGCAGCUCACCACCCCGCACCUCUCCGCCUUUGCAGAUCCCGUUCUCCUCUCCUCCGACUGGUGACCUUCCCCGCCUACCCCCGCGCGGUUCGCCACGCGAUGCUCCCGACUCGAGCGCCGACGCACCCUUCUUGGGGAGGAGGAAUCACCAGAGGUCGUACUUCGAUACUUGGCCAGGGUUUGCCUCGGCCUCGGUGCGCAAGACCCCGCCUGGCACGCCGGGGAGGUUCAAUUCCUAUCCUCCGCUUUCGCCGCCUGCCGAGAGCGUGCGAGAGCCCCCGCCUCUCCCACAUGCACUCCCAACUACCCUCCCACAUGUCCUCCCGGAUGCGCAGCUAGGACCCGUCGUCCUCCCCUGGGCGAACCUCAUACCCCUCCCUCCUAGCCCGACCGAGGAACAAGAAGACAGCACUGCUUCCUCCACACCGUCCAUCACGGACACUGUCUCCCUUUCCCCGUCUUCCCCGCCUACGGCCAGUAUCCUCCCCGCGAUGAUCCUCCCCGAAGCGGAGGGCAGCCCGAAUUCGUACAACUACUUUCUUGAUCGGUUCUGCUUCUACACCGGUCCGGGAGAGCUGACAGCGGAAAGCACCCCCAGGCGCACACUAUCAACACCAGACAUCCCCUCCUCCUACCCUUCGCCAAACCUGGACAGGUUCGUAGCUGCCUUCAGCCCCCCGCCCGUCGACCACCCGGGGAAGAUGAAGGUGUUGAUCCCUUCCCCGCCUCCUGUACCCGGCCUGGGCUUGAGUGAACCUUCGUCGACGUCGACUGAGAGUACGACGUCCACGAUCACCCCGAUGGAGCGGUCUGAUACGAUCUGAUGGAACGACUUGUUUUGGAUCUUCAUUCUUGCUUCUUUGUACCCUUCAACACACUACAACUUCCACUUCAACUCCCAUUCCGCAAUCCACCUCAACCCUAAUAAUAACCGCGCCGGCCGCUACAUACGAACAUGUAUCAUUAAGUAAAACCGACACGCAUCAACCCAUCACCCGUCAUGGACAGACAAAUGACAUCAGGAAAUCGUUCGAUCCGAGAUGGGCAUGCUGCGACUGGAAAGGCGCAAAAGCGCAUUACAGCAUACCUAUCAAAUGCAACAUCAUCAUCAUCACCACACCAUCCUCAUUC